AUGAGAGGCGAGCACCGGCGACCGACUCCGCAUCUAGGCGCGUUUAUUCACGAUAGGAACCGAUACAAAGACAACCCCCCAGAUUUCUAUGCGCUGGGGCAGCAAUAUCCAGAGUUCAAGCAGUAUCUGCGCAACGUAGACGAUGACAAAUGCCGAGCAUGUCUAGCAUGGGACGAUCCUUUUGCCGCCAGGGAGCUGACAAAGACGUUGUUGCUGCACGACUUUGGGCUGCAUUGGGAUAUCCCCAUUAAUCGUCUCUGUCCUCCACUGCCAAACCGCUUGAAUUAUCUCCACUGGAUCGAAGAUCUACUCAUUCAACUGACCCGUAAAGGACUACAGCAAACUGAUCAAAACCUAACCGAAACGGUUGUAUCUGGUAUUGACGUCGGGACGGGUGCCAACUGCAUUUACGCGUUGCUGGGUGCAACGAUGAACAAGUGGAAGUUUAUCGCAACCGAGAUAGACUCUGAUUCCUACCAAUGCGCGAAAAAAAAUGUGGCUCGGAAUCAACUGGAGCCGCUGAUCUCUGUCAAGCGGACGCACACAAACAAGUUGCUACUGGAACCAUUGAAGGACGAGCUACCGGAGCGGAAGUUUGACUUUGUCAUGUGUAAUCCUCCCUUCUUCGACAAUAUGAACGAAGCGGACACAAAUCCAGAUUCGAGCUGUAUGGGCAGCACUAACGAGAUGGUGUUCCCCGGUGGAGAAGUUGCGUUUAUAGGAAGUAUGAUCACAGAAAGUGAGCUGCUGCGGGACCGUAUAGUGUGGUUUACCUCGAUGGUUGGUAAGAAGUCGAGUCUGCGCAAGCUUCUUGCCUUGCUCCGUGGGACGCAGGUGAAAAGUACUCGAACGACAGAAUUUUUGCAGGGACGAACAAAGCGAUGGGGAAUCGCGUGGACAUUUUCGAGUGAUGUGAUCGAUGACCCCUCUGCAAAAGUACUGGGCAAGCGGAAAGAAGCGCACCGAAGACAGGAACUCAGGUUCCAGGUGCCAAUGAAUCGUGAAGAAGCAAAUGGUUGUGCUUCUAUACACGACGUUCUUCAAAGAAUUCGAGAAUUUAUCGGAACCAAGGAGGAGCUUCAGCUAUCGAUGGAUACCAUGAAGCAGCAGGAGGAUCAGAAAGAAGAUGAAGACGAAACGGACGAAGGACAGGACUGGCUGAUGUGUCGACUGGAGCAGCACAAAUCAAUUAGUACAAUAUCCGACUCAAGUGAAGUGCGCUGUGCGGGCCGAGUGGAAAUCUUCGUAUCGGAUGACAGUGAGGGCUUCGAGGUCUUGAUAGUUUUUGAAGAAGGAGAUCGUGCUUCAUUUUGGGCAAUGGUCGAUAUGCUACAAGCUGCCACCGUUCGCACAGGUCGGCAAUGGCGCAGAAAGCUCCAACGACAGCAGCAGGGGCAGCAAGAACUAUGA